CGUUCCGGCGCCGUCCGGCCACCUCAUUUGGGCUCUAGGCGGGGGCGGGGCCGACCUGAGGGAAGAUGGCGGCGCCCUUGUGGCAGGCGGUGCUGGGCGCGAGCCGGAGGUGGCGGUGCUUCAGCACCUCGGCCGCGCUGAGCCGCCGGACCCCGCCUCUGGGGCCGAUGCCCAACGAGGACAUCGAUGUGAGCAACCUGGAGCGGCUGGAGAAGUACCGCAGCUUCGACCGCUACCGGCGCCGGGCGGAGCAGGAGGCGCGGGCCCCGCACUGGUGGCGGACCUACCGGGAGCAUUUCGUGGUGGAGUCAGAUCCCAAAGGCAAGAUUGACAUUGGGCUGCCGCCACCCAAGGUCUGUCGGACCCAACAGCUGCUGGAGCGGAAACAGGUUCUCCGGGAGCUGAAGGCCAACGUGGAGGAGGAGCGGGCCGCCCGCCACCGCACAGUGUGCAUUCCGCUGGAGGCUGUGCGGGCUGAAUGGGAGAGGACCUGCGGGCCCUACCACAAGCAGCGCCUGGCGGAGUACUAUGGCCUCUACCGAGACCUGUUCCACGGUGCCACCUUCGUGCCCCGAGUCCCCCUGCAUGUGGCCUACACCGUGGGUGAGGAUGACGUGAUGCCUGUGUACCACGGCAAUGAGGUCACGCCGACAGAGGCUGCCCAGGCCCCAGAGGUGACUUACGAGGCAGACGAGGGCUCCCUGUGGACACUGCUGCUCACCAACUUGGAUGGACACCUGCUAGAGCCGGAUGCCGAGUAUGUCCACUGGCUGGUAACCAACAUCCCAGGCAACAGGGUGGCGGAAGGACAGGAGACGUGCCCCUACCUGCCCCCCUUCCCUGCCCGGGGCUCUGGCUUCCACCGCUUCGCCUUCCUGCUCUUCAAGCAGGAGAAGCCCAUCGACUUCUCUGAGGAUACCCGGCCCUCCCCCUGCUACCAGCUUGCCCAGCGGACCUUCCACACUUUUGAUUUCUACAAGAAACACCAGGAAGCCAUGACUCCAGCAGGCCUGGCCUUCUUCCAGUGCCGCUGGGAUGACUCGGUCACCCACACCUUCCACCAGCUUUUGGAUAUGCGGGAGCCCGUGUUCGAGUUUGUGCGGCCACCCCCUUACCACCCCAAGCAGAAGCGCUUCCCCCACAAGCAGCCCCUUCGCUACCUGGACCGGUACAGAGACAGUCAUGAACCCACCUAUGGCAUCUACUGAGUAGCUAGACUGCCACCCCCGUCAGAGGGUGGGCUGGGCCUGGGGCCACUCUGUCAGGCUCCCCAGGCAGGAACCAUAAACACACCUCCAGGGACCAAGCUGUGGGGCCCUGGGCCCUGUCUGAGGCAGCCCCUCUGGGUGAAUGAAUAAAGAUGAUUUCUGCUAUAGCU